AAGAAAAUAAAAACAAUUUUUGACAUAUUUACAUUUCGAGAAAUAGUGUCAUGACUUAAAAAAUGCAUUUUGAGUUAAAGCAUCUAUUCUGCAAUGUUAUAAUUCUUACGUUGUCUCUAAACUCUUAUCAUUUUGGCGAGCUUUAUUGAGUUUCCGGAAUUGUCACAUAUAUUCGCGAACCAGAUUUUUUUUCUUGUUUCCUGAAACCAAAGAAGUAUAAAAUAUACAGAAUGGCAACUGGCUGUAAUCUCGCGUGAGCUCGUGUCAGAGCGUGAUUCGGCGUUAUCUUACUAAAAACAAACAUCGGCGAGCAUGGAGUUACAAUUUGUACCUUUAAAACUACAUUUAAAAUAUACGUUAGCUUCUAAAACAAAAUUAGUUUAAUGUGAAAUGGUCUUAAGACACGAAGUACACGUUUUUAUUUGCCAUCAAAAGAAGCGUUGUCAUACGGUGAUAAUUAUUUUACCGAUGAAAAAUUGCUUUCGCAUACAAAAUGGCGCGUGGAGAAAGCGCCACUUCCGGUAAACGAGAUCUCAUUUUUUUGUUACGGGAGGUUGGCGAGAUUUGCUCUAUAUGCCUCUCAAGUUGCCAAUCUAUUUAUUUUUAUAACUCUUUGCUGAAACAGUGUCGUUUUACGCAGGCUUGGGGACCCUUUUUUCUUUCAGUAUUAACAACACAGGAGGAUAACUGAUGAGCUUGUUUUACUGACUGAGUCACUUGUACACGAAAGAUAAAAAUGGCAGAAGCAAGUUUUUCGUCAGAACUGCGAAAGGACAAAAUAGCACCUAUUUAUGUAGCAGAUAAAAUGGCAGAAGAUGCAGUAUUUGAAAAAUCAAAUCAGACAGAACCGAAUAAAGAAUUAAAUGAAAUAUUUACAGAUGCAAAUCUGGCACAUUCACAGCAAGCUGAAAAAAUAUGUAAGCCAUCAUCCGCAGACUCUGAAUCAAAGUCUUUGUCAUAUGUGCAAACAAAAAUGCUUGCAAGAGUUGCGCUUUCAGAUGCUCAUUUUAAACAUCAACAGCGUGGAGAACCAGACUUAAAUCUUGAACAAAAAAUUGAAAUUGCUCAAAAUGUUCUCGAUUCAAACAAAGCAACAUUCAUUGCAAAGUUUUGGAAAUACUUAGAACUGGAAGACUUAGAAUAUUUUCAGGAUUCAAGAGAUGUUUAUGAGGUAGACUUCUAUAUGAAACAAGUAAUGAAAAACAAAAAUAGAAGUGUUCAGAAAAACAUUGUAAAGAACCGUAGAUAUGAAGCAAUGAAGGAGUUGAUAUCGGAAGGGGAAUACUUCAGUGAUGAGGAAAUGAAAUUCAGGGAACCAUACCUGUAUGAGCAGAUGAUUGGACAAUAUUUGACACAGGAAGAAAUUCAGGGAAAAGUUGAUAAAUCAGACUUGACCUUUUCAUCCAUUUUACUUAAGCAUAUAGAUCAAUUAGAUGAAAAUGUGAGAUUUGGACAGGCCAAAGAUAAAGAGGAAGGUCAGGAAGAAGAGGAGGAAGAAAGUGAUGAGGAAGAGGAAAUGGAAUUUGAAAAUGAUAAAACCAAAAUGGAAAAUGAUGAUGAUGGUAGUAAAAAUGAUGAGGAUGAUACACCAAAAAUAUCUGAUGAACAGAAGAGGGAAUUAAAAGCUGAAUUCCUUACCAUUAUGCAGGAAAAAUUCUUAAAUGGUGAAGAUAAAAACUUUGACUACAGCAAAGUGGAUACCAAUGAUACUUAUGAUGACUUGACAGUACUGAAUGCUGAUGCUGAGGAGAAGUAUUUUGAUGAUGAAGAUCCAGAAAGUAUUCAUUCUGACAGCAGUUCCUGAAAGUAUUCAUUCCGACAGCAGUUCCUGAAAGUAUUCAUUCAGACAGCAAUUCCUGAAAGUAUUCAUUCGGACAGCAAUUUCUGAAACCAUUCAUAGUAACAGCCAUUCAUGAAAAUGUAUAUGCUUAUAGCAGCUCCUGAAAAUAUUAAUGUUUGCAGCAGUUCCUGAAAAAAGGGUUUAUUCCAGAGCUGUCCUUACUCUGAAAGUGCCGGUAUUCAUUUUGUUAGGAAUUUGGGAAAUUCUAUGCACAUGGAAAGCCCAGCUGUGAGUUUAUGGUUGUAUAAAAACUGUAUGUGCAUCAGUGUGCUAAGUAAUGUUACAUCUUUAUACAAAUGAUGUUUAGGAGUUUUGAAGAUUUCAUUCAUUCACUACAUAGUGCUUACUGUUUACAGUGCUUGCAGAACGUUGCAAGGAACUAAACAUGGUAGAGAGACAGUGGGGGAAAUUCUGUGUUUUGUAUUAACAUUUUUAGCUACAUUUAUCCUGUACUGUAGCUGUGCUGCAGCUUGUUAUCUGUGUAGUGUGAAACAAGAUUUACUUUAUGUUGACAGACCACCUCAUGACUGUUUUAUAUUCGUAAUGUAAUUCAAAAUAAUUAUUAUGAUUUACAACAUCUUCUAUUUUUAAAAUUAUUUAUUUCAAUUUGAAAGAGAAUUACAACUGUAUAACUGCAGGGAAAUAGAUUUUAGAGUUGCAUGUCUUGUUUGCAAAUAAAACACAGUUUUCAUUCAGAUGCGUUGUAAUUAAUCACUCAGACCGAAGCGCGCAAAAAAUCUAUUUCCAGUCUAACAUGUUCAAAUUACACCAGGAAGGGAUACUUAUCUGGAAUCCUUUUUUAGGCGGAAUAACCAAAAGUAGGUCAUUUUUGCAAAACAUGUUCUAAUCGACAAGACAAUACAUGGUAAAAUCCUUCUUUGUUUAUAUGAAAGAAAAUCUUAAUAGUGUUAGAAUUGUGUUUAGAAAUGUAACAUGUACCGGUAUGUCAUCUUUGUGGUUUGUGAUAAUCUAUGUGUUUAGAGAACAUCACAAUCAGGAAGUUUGAAUCCUGGACAAGGCAUUUGUACCUUAUGGAAUAUGAUGACUGACUGAAUACAAAGGAUCUAAGGACAUUCUCUCUCCUGCUCUGCCUAAUAAGGAGAUGUCAGUUUCUUAUGGAGUCAGGUCAACUUAGUUAAGGAAACCAGAAAAAAUUGACCAUUGUACGUAACAGAAGUACAAGAGUUUUCAGUACACUACUGGAAAAAAAACAUUAAUUUCUUCAUUGAUGAGAUUGUUUUACAAUGUAGGUACAGGGAUGGUUAGUUGAUAUGCAAAAAAGUUCUUUGGACAAAUAAUAACUAAAUGCUAGUCUCCUUGGCAAAAUCACACAAUGUCAUCAGGCCAGAUUUUGUCUUCCUGUUUUGCAUUUGUUACUUAGUUUCAAAACUACAUUUUCAUAAGGCAGGUUAAUAUUUAUGCGAAAUGUAAUGUUUUGCCAGUUAAUGUUAAGUGAUCAUUUAUUAUUGUUUUAGUCUUCCUUGAUUAGAGAUCAGUGAUGACAUUUUGUGUUUCGAACCAAAAAUCAAGGAAAGAGAUAAUUGGUAGGCUGAAUAAAUCAGUAGUAUGGGAUAUUGAAAAGUAGUGAGGAAAGUACCUCUGAUGACUAGGGGAUCAAAGAUACAAACAUCAAUCACAUCUUGAAAUAUCUAAAAACUCAUUGAUACGGACCUGCAGGUGCAUCACAGUUCAUUGUCCCAUUUCAUCAGUACUAAAUGGAAUAUUGUAUGAACAGUUCUUAUUUGUUUGUAUGUAGAAAAUGCAUUUAAUGGCGAGUGACUUUGAACUAUGUGUUGGCAGUUACAGUAUAUUUGUUAAUCUUGUUUCAUAUUGAAGUUGAGCUGCUUUAGUGGUACUGACAUUGCCUUAAAUAUGAUGAAUAAAUGAUAGUUAUGUAAUUUAAACAUUCAUAUUAGAUAUGUUCAAAUCUAUCUAAUGUUUGAAUUUCAGCAAAUUAGGACUAGAAAUAAAGAUAUUGGAGCACCUU